UCUCGCUAUCUCCCACCAUCUCUCUCUCUCUCUCUCUCUCUCUCUCUCUCUCUCUCUCUCUCUCUUCGAAGAGGAGGAUGAAAAAAUCACAGAGCUGAAGCCUGGUCCAGAAUCUGACCAGCAUGAAGAGGAGGACAUCAAGGAGACGAAAGAGGAUAAGAAGAUGGGAUUGGGUGCUACCCCUGCAGGGAGCUGACAGAGGAAGAGAAGCAGCAGAUUCUCAAAUCAGAGGAGUUCCUCAGUUUCUUUGACUGCAGCAUCAGAGUGAUGGAGAGAGCCCUGGCUCAGGAAUCAGACAUCUUCUUCAACUACAGCGGACAAGACCUGGAUGACAAGGAGGGGGACUUACAAGGCGGGUCCAGUCAGUCCCUCAGUAGGUUGUUCUAUGACGAUCACUGGUCCAAACAUCGAGUCAUCACCUGUCUGGACUGGUCCCCUCAGUACCCAGAGCUGUUGGUGGCGUCCUACAACAACAACGAGGAUGCUCCUCACGAGCCUGACGGUGUAGCUCUGGUCUGGAACAUGAAGUUUAACAAGAACACACCUGAGUAUGUCUUCCACUGCCAGGUAAAAUCAGUCCCAGGUCCAGGUCUAUAAAUAUGUUGGGUACAGGGCCUGUAUUCACAAAGUGUCUGAUCUAGGUUGAUAUGACCUAUAACUGUUCCCCACAGGAUACAGAUACUGGAUUCUAUUCACAAAGUGUCUGAUCUAGGUUGAUAUGACCUAUAACUGUUCCCCACAGGAUACAGAUACUGGAUUCGUGUGAUAUAUAUGUCUAUAUAUUUAACAAUAGUCUGAUUCACAAUUGUGUUUUGAGUCUCAACAGAGCCUAAAUAAAAAUGUUUUCACAUCA